AUGGAGCUUCGGAACGGAGACGCAGAGCCGGAGACUCAUGACUCUGCUGGAGAGAGAAACCUCGAUACAGAGGUAUCGUCUAGUGAGAGAAAGAGAGGGACUGAGGUUGAAGAACCUAGUGAGAGAAACGUAAUUGCUGAAAAUCCUACAGAAACUGCCACGGCAAGCCUUUCAUCGGCUGAAGAGGGAAAGCUGAGAUCCACUGAGAGCCCUCCGGCCGAUGAUUGUUGUCCAAUCUGCUUCUGCAGCUUCGUCUUUCCAUGCCGAGCACCCUGCGGCCACUGGUACUGCGGUAAGACUUCGAAAUUUGAAACUCUAAUCGCAAGCCACUUUUUGGUUCCUAAGAAGAUUUAUGAGAAUGAUUGCAUGAAAUUAACAUUCAGUACUGUUUUAGAAUGGUUGUUAUUUUGCAGCUGA